AUUGGAAUUUCAUUAUAACUCGAGGAUAAAGGUCUUCUGUCUAUCACGAUGAGCUCUGAGGCCCGGUUUGUGGAUUCGAACUUUGCAGCGCUUAUUCAGAGGGUCACCUCAGUGAUGGCAAUAGUAGAUGAACUAAAAAAUAAGGGUAUGCUACAUGCUGAAACAUAUUCAGAGAUCCACGCAGAAAAAACCAACCAGGGCAAAAUGAGAAGGCUGUUUGAUGCACUAAAUUCUGGAGGAGACAGAGUAAAAAGUGACUUUUAUUAUGCUCUGAGAAAUCAUGAACUAUACCUCUUCAGAGACCUGGGUGGUGAGACACUGGAUAACAUUGAUGGCACCAGGAACAAUGAGCUAGAGUUAAAUUGAACACCCCCUGCAACCAAGAAACCGAAGCCUCCUGCGACCAAGACACGGAAAUAUAUAUAAAGAUGCGACCUGGAAAACUGAAAACCCAUGUGAUACAUUUUCCCCUGUGAAACGCAAAAGAAGGAAUUCAUCAGAAUAUGCAGGAUGUAUUCUACAACGUACAGGUUUUCAUUUUGUAGGUGAACAUUUUCAAGCCAUAAGCAUUUUUAUGCAGUUUUUAUGCUAAAAUCUAAAUAUUCUACACAUUCUCAUCCACACAGUUAUUUAACCAAGUCUUCAUAUUAUAAAAUAUUUUGAAAAAGAGAGAAAUAAUUUUAUUGCAGUUCUUGUAAAAUAGCAGUCACUGUCUGAUAUUCUGCAAACAUUGUAUUUCUUUCCAAACUAUAGCCAACAUUUUGUACACCUACUUUUUAAUACAUUUGAGAAUUAAAUCUAAAUCAAUGAAAA